GUUGGAGGGAAAAUGCAGUGGCAUGAGAAUCGAAUCCAUCGGCGCAUCGGCUUGUUUUGAAAAAUCAGUGGACGAGGUAGCUGUUUCAACGAGAGCAGUUGGGACCUGAGAGAGAAGAGACUUGUUGAUUUAUUUGUUUGCUCUAGCACUAGCAACAGAGAGGUUCCAUAGUUUGCUGUAUACCGUACUUUCGUUCUUGACGAGGGCAGGAAAGAAACAAUCUUUACGUAGAGAGGAAACGGCCAAUUUGAGGUGUUGGAGUGAAGCUACUUGUACCGAGCACAUAAUAUCAUCAGACAACAAGCUCUGGGAGAGAAACCCAGAACCGACGUUUCCUUAUCCUUGCUUUGCAGUUAGUUGUUAUCAAUCAGUGCUGCAAGAGACGACAACGGACCAUCACUUUUCUUGUGCAGGAGGACAGAAAGAUGAAAGCUGCCGACCUCGAAGAGGCGGAAAAAGUGGUCUCCAGCUCUUCUUCCACUAUGGCUGGUACCGGUACUGGAAACAUCAAUAGUGUGGAUGGUCGUUCCUGGUUAGAGACACUGUCAGCAGAAGAGUGUGCUGCUGCCAUGUCCUUUCGUGAUGUUCCUCUGGUGCGCCCUUUCGUCCUUCCAUCCUCAUCAGCUGUCUCAUCAUUAUCAUCCGCGACCACCACCCUGCUUCCAUCACCAUCCUCCCUUCCUUCCUUGGGGGUAGACCCUAACCCUAAUUUUGGUAAGUAUUUUUACUGUGCCCAUUUCAGUACCCGUUUUGUAUCGCUGAGAGCCAUGAGAAAGACUUGGUGCUUCAAUGAAGCCCAAGAUUUUCGUUCAUCGCGUGCGAAAGAGGUGGCUGUGGUGGUUUGCCGUUGUUUGUUUGUGUGUGUGUGGUCUGGGAUUGCCUGCCUCUCGAUUUUGAUUGAUUCAAUCGAUUGAAAAUACGAUAUUCAUUGAACCACAUCGACGACGACUGGAAGUGUCUUGUCUCUCUCUCAACUGAGUAAAGAGAGCAGCACACAUCAGUCUAUAUUGUCCGUCGUUGGGAUUCCUCAUUGAUCGAUCGUAUCGUCUGCCUACUGGUAGUAGAAGGAGGGCUAUAAAUUUUAUUUGUUGUCUACUGAGAAAGUGGCUUCUCAUCAUCCGAUUGCAAUUGCUGCCGCGCUUUUUCAUCUCUUGGAUCUGUUCGGCGACCUGUGCCGUGCUACAACAACAACAACAUCAACUACAUCAUCAACAACGACACAACAGCUACGUUUGACGUGAACAUGUCAGUGGACGAGAAGGAGUGGACGGAGACUCUCUCUCAUUACGGCAAAGACUCGGCUGCUGCUGCUGCUGACAACGAGAAAGAGUCGACCGCUGGAUCUGCUACGACUGCAACUGCAACGUCUGGCCUUCCCUCGGCGGAGGAGGCGCUGGUUGGCAACAACGCCGACGACAACAUCGACAACCACAACAAGGAAGAAGUAGAGGUUGUGGUAGUCCCAAAAGACAGCGCUGCUGCUGCUGCUCAUGAUGUCAAGGCGGCUGCUGCAAGUGCGUCGGAAGCCGAGGUCUUUAGAAUAGGAGGUGACGCAAAGAAGAUGAACGAAACAGCCCUGGUCAAAGCAGCGCCUAAAGCUACGACUACUAGUACUGCCUUGUCGUCGUCGACUGAUGGGACAGUCGUCGACAACACCAACAACACUACCGACGCUCUGCGAGCCGGCGGGAAAAUUGAAGCCAAUGUCAAGGAAUGGGGUGUUGUCACGUUAGAGGUUCAAGAGAUUGUCGGGAAUGUGUGUGUGGUAUUUCCUUCUGCGAUUACCUUUCCCGCAGAAGCUAGGAUGGAACCGGUCACGGGACAUGUGCCCUAUGUCACUCUACAUCCAUCCUUUAUGAAAAAGAAGGGGGCGGGAAACGCGGCCAAGGCGUUGGACAACAUCUUUAAGACCGUCUCGUCAUCGUCGUCUGGGUACUUGUUGUCGAAUGACUUUUUGGCGGAGGAAAUGGUGGACGAAAAGAUUGAUGCUGUCGAGAAGAUGUGUCUCGGCCGGUUACGGGCGUUGCUGCACCAUGCCGCCGACAACAAAGCCCAGGUACUGCUCUUCUUGAUUCUACUCGUCAGAAUUGAAGUCGCCAUUUACCUGGCAUUUCGAAAGACGAUGCAGUUCCACCACAAAAGGGACAACAACAACAACAACAACAACAACAACAGCAGCAACAACGCGGGAAACAACAAUCAUAAUUCGCCCGAUUGGACGCCUGGCAGAUUAGACUGCGACAAACUCGAGGCGCUCGUCGCACAAUUGGAAAACCUUUCCAAGCUAGCACAGACACUCGACAAGUCCAAACUCAACAGUAUCAUGUCACCUAUGAUAUCCACAGGACACUGUUCCUUAGGAGGAAACAGGACCAAAGGAUCGGAUGCAAAGGUACCACAGAACUUGCUAUUGACACCGCUACCGGCUCUGGUCAGAAUAUUCUCCACGGCAGAAGCUUCCAGCAAACAAACAUUCAAAGCAUGGGACAACGCCUGGACCAACUCGCUCCGGCGGUUCUCGGAUUAUGCAAAGUCAUACCCUGUCACCAAGGACACUACCCCCAACAAAUCGUCUCCACCAGGAUCGGAGCCAAAGACUCCAAACAACAACGAAAACACAGACUGGAUGGAUACCACAACUGCAACACCCUCUCCGACGGCGACAGCAGGGUCAAACUCGAAGAACAAAAAGAAGAGGCGCAACAAACCUCGAAAGAGGGGAAGAAAGAAUAGUACCAACGGCAAUAACGGUGCUGAUGAUGUUGCUGCUACUACUACUAAUAACAACAGCACCAAUAGUAUUGCUGAUGCUGCCACCCCAGACAAGGAUGCUACAACCACGGAAGGUAAAGGAGCAAAGCAUGGCGCAGAAGAAGCACCCGUAAAGCAGGAAGCUCCCAAGAAGAAGGGAGGGAAUCAUCAUCCGCCGAAAGAAAACAAGAAUGCCAAGGGACCUGCGGCGCAAUCCAAGAAAGCUUCGAAAGAAACGCCGCCCGCCGAAAGCCGCACCUCUGUGGCUAGUACAGCUGGCGCUGUGUCAACCGAAACGAAUGCCAAAGGGGCAGAUGCAAAGAAGGCAAAUAGUAAUAGCCCCGAUGCCAAAAAGCUUCCGUUGUCAGUCUCCGCCGAAGAAACCACAUCCACACGAACUGAAUCAACGAAACAUCAUGACGAGCUUGAGGCAGAAUCUGCCAACAAAAGGACCAGCAAGGGCAAGGGUGAUCUAUCAGGUUCUCGUGUGCAGCAGGGAGUUGUUGUCGUGGCACUGUCGACGGGCAAGGGUGCCAAACCGGCGAGCGCAGAAUCCGAGCCCGAGGGAACAAAAAAGCCUGCUUCGGCCACUGCUAAUGCUGCUGCUUCAGAGGAUCACAACGAUGACGAAUGGGAAACUGUCGUCGUAGGAAAGGGACGCGGCAACAGAAAGAAAACUGGCCGUUCGCCUGCGGCAGCGACGCACUCGCCCUCGGCAAACGCGGCAGCACCGCAAAAUCAUCAAAAUCAAAAUCACAACAGUGGCGGUGGCGGCCCGAAAAAGUCAAAAUCGAGGCGCACAAAGGAAUCCAGGAGACGGGUGGCAAACGGAAAGAUGGUUCGUGAAAUCUUGUCCUCAGUCCUUGAUGCCGUUGACGAAGAAGUGAAGAAACGUAAACAACAACAGCAAGCUCGUGUUGUCAAGAAUGUGGGCGGCAAUAAGGCACCCCCCUCUGCUUGGAAAGAACCGAACAAAAAGCUUCCCGCUGUUUCGAACAAAAAAGAUGCAAUGCGGGAUGUGGUUGCUGGAGAAGCAAACAAGAGCCCACCCACUUCCGCGAAAUCGGAAAGUGGAAGUGAAGCGAGGAACGCUGGCCAACAGGGUGCAGGACAGAAAGCACCUGGCUCGGCACGAACAGCCCAAAAGAGUGUUUCCGCCUCCCCGGCGAAAGGCACGAAGGGCCAAACAGCCGGAGCAGACCAAAACACGGCACCAACAAUUCCGGAAACUGUCUCGGCUGUUUCGGAUCCACGAAGGAGGGCACCAAACAAGGACAUCGAUAUCACUCGUAGCGAUUCUAGUUCUACAGGAACCGACGACAAUCGCAAACCAGAUCAGGCCGCCGUUCCGGUCAAAAAGAAUGCAUCACCAGCGCCCCCGCUUCCCACUCUCCUGAGCCCCGGGAAUGUAAACAGCGCGUCGUCUUCAGUUGCAUCAAGCCUGGAAGCCCCGCACGCUAGCCACGGACGCCAUCACACCUCUACUUCCAAUGAGGCUGAUGUUGGGUAUCAUCUACUUGACGUGUGCGACAGAUUGACGCGAGACAUGCACAUGUUCAUGGCGCAUAGGGCCGCAGCGCUCAGUGCUCGGAGAAGGGAGCGGGGAGCAUUGCUUGCUGCUUUGCAAGACUCCGUGUCGGCUAUUUGGACCGGCCAUUCUCACGUCGAGCUUUACGGCAGCUGUGCCACGUUGCUUGACUUGCCGUCGUCAGAUCUUGACGUUGUCGUUUGCGGUCUGGACCACAUGGAGGCUGCGAUGAACAACCAGGCUUCACCGCAGAGAACUAGUUCUUUCAGUAGCGAGAACAUGUCCCCGGACAAAAUGCCCCAUGAUCAUCAGCAACUUGGACAUCGCCAUUCGCAUCCCCAGUACGUCCCGAUGCACCUCAACGCAGAUCGUGUUAUGCGACUUGCAGCCGAGCUGGAGUUGCAGCCGUGGGCGGCACACGUGAAGGCUAUCCCCACUGCAAGCGUUCCUGUUGUAAAGGUGCUGGCGGAUCCGUCAAGGCUGCCAGGAGCCACACCUCACAGCGCUGUCGAUGGAGAGGAAUGGAUGAUGCAGCAAGCUCGGGACCCGAAUGGGGCCCCGGUUGCCAUGGCAUCCAGCGGCGAAGCUCCCCAGACGAACGGACCGCACUUUGAGGCUCCAAUGUCAACCCCUGUUUGGAGAGGUGCAGAUGUAAUCAAUGGUCUGCUCAAACUUGACAUUACGUUUGAAGGUCCCGAGCACGGUGGAAUUGGUUCCACUGAGUUUUCCGCUCGUGUCAUUCAAAAUGUUUGCGAGGAAACAGGUCUGGCAGCGGAAAGCACAGCGUUUGUUCAGGUUGUUCUUGUGGUGAAGGAGCUUCUGGCGCAGAGACGUCUGAAUGAACCCUUCUCCGGUGGUCUGAGCAGUUACGCAUUGCUUUUGCUGGUGCUGGCGGUGUUGUGUGAGAGGAAAGUCAUCAGCGAAGAGCUCGAAAGAGUGGAGAGACAACGAAGGGUCGUCGCAGCCGGCGGUGGCAACUCUGAAUUGACCGGUACACCCAACAACCAGAUGAAGCAGGCUGAAAAGGUUUCACCACAGCCAGAUCAAAGUCAAGCGAAGCCACAGCAGAAACAGGGCGGUCCUGCUGCCGUUGACUCUAAGGCAACUGCAGACAUGACUGUGUCGGGCGUUGCCACUGCCAAGAAUAACACUGGUGGCAACUCGUCGCCUAAGCCGCAGCAACAUUCAAACCAGAAUGCCAAACAACAGAAACAACCGAAGCAUCCCCACCAGAAUUCCGCAGCUCAACCGCAAGAGAAGCGAGCACAGACUGGAAACCAACAACGCGGAGGAAAGAACCAGAAAGGAACCCAACCCAAUGCCGGUCGUGGUGCCGCAGACUCGUCGUCUUCAGCGGAAAAGCCGGCGAAAACUCCUGGAAACUCUUGGGCUUCCAUAGCCAUGGGCAAGAAGAACAAGGCAGGCGCGAACUCAGCUGCGGCCGGAAAGAAUCAUAACUCACAGCAAAAGAAGUCACCUCAGCCGAACAAGCCAAGCAGUUUCGCCGACGCUGUGGCAAGGAAUGCUGGUUCCCCUCCUGUGAAGACCACGCCCCCGACGGCAACUCCACUGCAAACGCCACCAGCGUCCCAGCCACAACCGAAGCAGGGAAAUGAGGCACCAAACAAGGGUGCAAAUGCUAACUAUCAAGGAAAGAAAGCUAAACAAAAACAGAACCAGAACCAAAGCCCACCCGCCGAGGGUGAAAACCAAACAACAAAGACUGUGCCUCAAAAGACUACAAAGAAGUCCACAGAAUCUGUUGCAACUGCUAAGCAACAGAAUCGCGACGAAAGCUCCAAAGAAACUAUCACGGACGAGCCCGAAAGGAAGAUUGAAGCCGACGAGAAGACAUCAAAGUUCAACAACUACUCGUCAGAACCCGUCGAAUCACCAGCUAUUUCUUCCAACCAAUCUGUCUUUCCCCAGGGCUUUAAUGACGUCAUUGAAGUCCUGUGCUCAGGAGAGACAACUCCCGGCAAGCUGUUGAUGCAUGUUCUGCUGUUCUAUGGACAGCAUUUUGACGCACAUGCUACAGCUAUUGAUAUCUCGGGCAAGCAUCAUCGGGAGAUUGCUACUCAAUGCCCACCUUACACCCACCUCUCACCCUACAUCCAACGAAGAAGCGCUGGUAACAUUGAUCCAGUCACAGGUAUGCUGACUGUUGACCCAAUCGUUGUUUACGACCCACUCGAGGGCGCCGAGAACAACAAUGUUGCAAGACGGUGCUUCUUGUGGAGUAGUGUGAAGUGGACUUUUGCUCAAUCUUACAUGACUCUCUCGAGUGCUGUGGAACGAAAUACAACUCCACCUGGCACGCCCUCAACUGGCACAAAAAAUGAAGCGAAAGGUGCCGGUCGCACUACCGACAACAACGCAAGACAGAGCACCAACAAUAAUGCAGUGGAGGGGGCUGCUUGGAACGGGCCUUACAAUCCUACCGACAAGGAGAAUUUCUUUGAUCCUUCUUCUCCUCUGCUGGAGUUGCUGCUCUCGUUCAAAUAGAAAAAAGUAAACAAGAACCUGAAUCUUAGAUGCAUACAAUAAUGGCUACCGGCUACCUAAACUAACUUGUUGAAUUGUACUUGGCCUU